AAAGGGACCUACUUGUUCUGUUACAUCUACAUACAACUCCCACUGCCAGCUUUAAACUCAUUGUCCCCUUUUCCCUCGUGUGUAUCGCCCCCUCCCCCUUUUUCUUCAAUUUUUUUUCGGAUUUUCCUUUGUUAUAUCUCAUCAAUUUCACCGUCAAUUUCUCUUCUACAAAACCCCUUUAACCCAUAAACGCCAUCACAAAAUCUUUCUUGAAAGAAAAUCACUUUCAUUUUCUUGAUUUGUCAAUGGCUUCUUUCAGUGUUCCUUGUCCUAAGGUUUCAGUCCUUUCUGUUGCUUCAUCUUCCCAUUCUAGCCAGACCCAUCAACCCCAUGUGUCCGUUUCCUUCAGAUCCGGUCCUGCAUUGGUCCCUCGUAUUCAGGGUGGUUCCAGUUGGGUACAAUCUCAGGUGUUUAAGGUGAAUGCAAAGCUGAAUGAGGUUGCGAUUGACCAGUCGAACAAUUCAACACCAGUUUCUGAGGAAAGCUUGGAGGAAGUAUCGAAGACGGAAUACAGUAUUCCAGAUGCUUCAUCCAUUCAAGCAUUCAUGUCUCAGGCAGCUGAUCUCGUGCAGCUUGUGGAUUCGAGGGACAUUGUGGAGCUGCAGCUAAAGCAAAACGACUGUGAAAUUCUUAUAAGGAAGAAGGCGGCAUUGCCCCAGCCACCUGUUGUUAUGGCCCCGCCGUCUGCUCCACAGGCCUAUGUUCAACAGCAGUUGCCUCCUGCAAGUGCACCUGCUCCUGCUGCUCCAGCAGCUCUUGCGCUUCCACCACCUGCGCCUUCAAAGCCUAAGUCUUCACAUCCUCCAAUGAAAUGUCCCAUGGCUGGAACAUUCUAUCGAUCACCUGCCCCAGGGGCACCACCUUUUGUAAAGGUAGGAGACAAGGUCCAGAAAGGGCAAUUAGUCUGUAUCAUUGAGGCUAUGAAACUGAUGAACGAAAUUGAGGCUGAUCAAGCUGGAACCAUAGUUGAAAUAAUUGCAGAGGAUGGUAAGCCCGUUAGUGUGGACACGCCUCUAUUUGUCAUUGAACCAUGAUAGAAAGAAAUCAGCUUGGUGUGCAGCAUAGGUGGAUGAAGCAGAGUGAGAUUCAAUAGUUAUAGAGAGAAAAUCUGUCUUUAGCUCAAGGCAGAUCUACUCAGAAGAUUGGUUCACCAUAUUUGUCUUGUUGAAAUCUCUGAUCCUAUUUAUAGCUUGUAUUGUCAUUUUCUUAUGCUUCUCAUAAAUUUUGGAACUAUAUUUUCUUUAUAAAGUUGACUUAAUUGA